AGAGUGGAAAUAGUUUUUGCACAAUUUUGUCUCUCUCUACUACGUUCGUCGCUAUAGUUUCUGGUUCAUUCAACAUCUGUGUAAGUUUUAUUUGCAAAUACGUAGUAACUCCAUCCCGAAUCAAACCAUCUAGCAAACACCUUCUUCGUCACAUCAAAAAGCAACAUGAUCGCCACGCUACAAGCCUACGCGGAAAGCGCUCGAGGAAAAUUGAGAGCUCAGAAAGAAGUCUUUCAGAAGAGCUGUGACUCACUGAUAAGCGGCAACACUAGCAGCCGAUCCUUCGCAACGGCUGCGGCACCCUCAUAUCCGAUAAAAGCGGAAUGCUAUUUAUGGAUACUUUUUCAGACUUGGACGAUUCGAGUACUAUCAUAUCCAAGAGUGUCUAGACUUCUUCCAGUAUGAAGAUUUUUCAGGAUUCCUUUUCAUAAGUACAUUGCAAAAAUCACUGUUGAAUGCUACUGCCAUUUAGCUGUAGCUAAAAAUUGAGUUGUGAUAUCGUGGUUCUGCUCUCUUCUCCUUCAUACUUCGUCGGCCCAAGAGGAAAAGUAUGCCAUGGUGGAACGGACGAGGGCAACACCUGUGUAGGCAAAGUGACUUUUGUGCAGCCUUCAGCGGAAACGUGUAAUAUCGAGUGGGAACUCACUGGCUGUGGCAGAGAAGGAAAGCAUGGGUUCCACGUACACGAGAAGUUAGGAACAACCUGAACUACUACACUAUAUGCAAGAAGAAAAAUGAGGUGGAAGAAGAAGGAGGAUGCUUAUUUGAGAGCAACACAAGACGUCUUACUGUAUAAGAUUAAGAAGAAUUUCAAACAAGUGCUCUUGUAUUUAAAAUGUAACAACGUGAAGGUCUUCACUGUUACUCCUGUCGUGUAGUUGUACUUCUUAGGAGGAAGAAGGGUAGUGUAUUACACGUCGAGCAAAUAAGACGGUAUCUAUAUUUAUAACAGAGUAGUUUAUAACUCAAUGCCAUGCGAGCUGUGAAAUCUUAUAUAUGAUAAACUGCUCUGUUAUAUAUAAUACUUGCUCUAAAACAUGCAGAUUUCAGCGACGGAUGCAACUCGGCGGGACCCCAUUACAAUCCAGAAGGUUCUAUUCAGGACUUUUGUGCUUUCUCUUUGCUCAGGAGAGGGAGAGCAUAAGAUGCAGCUUGUCUUUGAGUCAACAGGAGUCUCAUAGAACGAACUAGAUAGUAUGGUCAUUAAAGUGCCUCCGCAGGAAUCGCGUGAAUAGGAUUAAUCCUUGGUCUGAGUGAUCAAGUAAAUAAUUAAGCAAAAUCACAAAGGCAUGUUGACAUUAAGCGAUUCAACCAUAAGGUAAGUAAGUAAACGUAAACCUAAUGUGUAAGCAUGGUGACAUCAAAUGAACAAAACCCACAACAUAUCAUGAAUAGGUAAAACGCAUGGUGGACCGGAUGAUGAGGAGAGGCAUGUUGGCGACUUAGGGAACCUUAUCAUGGACGCAAACGGCAACUCCAAAGGAUCGAUGUCAGAUCGCAUGAUCAAACUGCAUUUAUGGGACAUGAAAAUAAAUAGCGAUGAAGAUUAUUGAUCUCAAUUGUAGGUCCUUUUGUCCCUUCCUUUUUCGGUCAUUUUCUAGUUAGGUUGGCUCCACCACUAUUAUUGACGUCAAUAGUUGUAGACAAGCUCGACUGUAGGUCGUUUUAUGUCGCGGCUUCCCUUUCCCCAGUACUACAGGGCGAAAGACUUGAAUGAUUAUGCUGAGAAGUGUAAGUGAACCCCUCUAAAACAUGGCGAGUGGAGGUAUUUUUUCAACAUUUGCUGCACGUUAAUGUGGAAAGUCAAUUCUGUUAUGCGACGGAGAUCACGAAUGCAGUGUCGUGUAUUUUCGCACAGGACGAUUCGUUGUGAAAGAAAUUACAGUAUUCAACUGCAAAUGCAUCUGUAUGAAUCUACGGAUCAUGGGUCGCAGGGAUCUUUUCAUCGGUAUUUCUUCUACGUCGCAAAGAAAAGUAGGACUUCACGUUCACGACCUACAUUCAUCUCUUGACAAUGAUCAAUCUACUUCUGCAGUGUAAUUGGCCGUUCAGUGAUGAUCCACGCCGAUGAAGAUGACCUGGGCCGCGGAGAUCAUAGCGAACCGGGUGUGAAUGGCAAGACGUCAAAAACCACUGGAAACGCAGGUGCCCGCAUCGCGUGCGGGGAAAUAGUGCUUGCCUAGACUAGUAGUCAGAGGUGAGAAUAAUGAUAAGAGCUGGAUGAACCAAAUUCAAUACUUGAUCACGAACAACAACGGAAACGGACAAGGAUAAGAUUGAGAACUUACCAAGAAUGUAAGACUACAAUAGGAACUUAUGUGGAUAAGAGCUUUGGUUGCUAAGAACUUCUUGAUGUCAAGGAACAACAACAAGACCAACAACUGGCGUUUUCGAUUUCAAUCACAAUGAAACGCUUUGAAAUUACUUCUUUUUACGCUAUGAUCGCGUAUCGGUGCGACUUGAUAAUACAGAAAUCGCACGGAAGACUCAAAUACCGCUCGUUCUUUCGACAAAGCUUGACCGAUUACUUUGAUGUUCUUAUGAGAUUGAUUUUCCUGCUGAACUCGUUAUCGUCAGAACGGGUUGAAAUACGAAUUCGAACUACUUGUUUUGUUUUGAAGAAGGACUACUACUACUUCGAACUACCAGAACAGUAUUGUGGGGCGCAACAACAACAAUAAGCACUUGGAAAUUCGAUCAGAGCGACGCCUUCGCCAGUUCCCAACUGUAGGGAUCUAUCCGGAUGCGGAGGAGAGAAGAUUAUUGUUCGUUGCAGAAGAGGAAAACCGUAUCUCUGGUAUAGCGGGAGGAACAUUGAUGUCGGCCAAUACAGCAGCCUUUUGGAAGGAUUCAAGUUGUGACGCAUCAUUGACUGGUAACUGAUGCUUACAACAAACUUAGCGACUUGUUGGAAGAUCAUGCGAGUGGGUAGUACUUCG